AUAAGAGCUUUUGGAGAACUCUCCUGGUCACUAAUCCCUUCCCGGCGACGGCGAUGAUUAGAGUUCCUUGAUUCUCAAAAAAGUAAGUAAUCUUCAUAGAAAGAUGAACACUGCGAUUCACAACGGAUGGAGAGCUUCCGUGGCUUCAGAAGACCCAAGAAAGAUCCUGCCUUUGCGUAGAUCCUACCCUAAUGCAAUCCCCAGGGAGAGAGUCCUUUUGGGUAGUCAUAUUCGUAGAGCAAUGCUAAUUUCGAGUUCAAAGAAAGCGAAUCUCACUGCUUCGAGUAAGCAGAGGAUCCAGCUACAGAGUAAUAGAGAAAAGGAGCUCACUUUCAGUGAGUUCUUGAAGCACCCUUCUGGCAUGGAGGCUGUAAUCAACGCCAAAGCUUUGCAGAGUUAUCAGUUAGUUGAUGAUGAUGACAAUACUUACAGAUGUACAUUGCCAACAAUUCAGUUAAUGAGCUUUGAAGUUUCUCCAGUACUGGUUUUGAGGGUCAUUCCCACACAGGAAGAUUGUACAGUCGAGCUGCUUUCCUGCAAGUUGGAGGGGUCAGAGUUAUUGGAGAACCAAAGUGAAAUGUUUUCAGCGAUUAUGACAAAUUGCAUGACCUGGAACAUGCAUGACCCAGAGCCAUUUUUGGAGGUUGAUGUGAGCUUGAAAGUCACUCUAGAGAUCUCAACACGACCAUUCACUAUGCUUCCAGUAUCAGCUGUUGAGGCUCCUGGGAAUCUAGUGAUGCAGACACUUGUAGAUACAUUAGUGCCCCUUCUGCUUCAGCAAUUACUCAAAGAUUACGACGACUGGGUUCAAAAGCAGCAACAAAACUUCUUAAACUAGGCUUGUGUACCAAUGUUGUAAACACACCUUCUUGAUCUACUUAUUUACCAAUGUCAAAUGGAAGAUGGGAUUAAAAAGCUCUGUAUUUAAAAGUGCAGAGGUAAAGCUAUUACUGAUGAAGUAGAAACGCUCAUAAGGUCAAAAGAGAUUUGAUUCACUUGUAAA